AUGACAUGCAAUGUGACAUUGAGCCCGUGUCCUGUCGAGCGACUCGUACCUCGUGAAUUCGUGCGUCCAAAGCAAGAGAAGUCGACUCGUUGCAGUACUCUCACCGCGAGCUCCUUCUCAGAUUGUUAUUAUAAUAGCUUGACUCUGCACUCGACGCGCUUUGAGCAAAGAAGUCUUGAUUCGAAUUCAACUGUCAACGCCGAUUUGGACUUUCGCCAAUGUCGGUCGACCCGAAGCUUGAGACAAGGAUCGACGACUAUCGAUGAGGUUUCGCAAUUCGACACCACUCUCUGUGGGCCAUCGGCUCGAGCGGCGAUGUCGGGCCAUGCACCGUGGAUGCAUGUGGACUGCGUCGGGAUUUCGCCUGCUGCCGCAAGAAAGUGA